CCGAGCGGGCUGGCCGCGCACCCUCCGCGGCCGCGCAGUCGGGUCGGGCGGGCUCCGCGCAGCAGGGCAGGAUGGAUGUGGCCGUGGACUUGUACCUGGUCGUCCCGCUGCUCUUCACCGUCCUGGCCCUCGUCCUCGCCUCCGUCUUCGUGAGGCUGCGAGGAGGCGAGGGGGAGCGGGCGGCGGCGGAGCAGCGGCUCCGGGAACCGGCAGCGGCUGAGCCGGCCCGGGAGGGCGGCCCCGGCCCCGGGGGCGAGGCGGCGGCGGCGGAGGGAGCGGGACCGGCCCCGGCCGAAGGGCCGGAGGACGAGGGGGGCCGGGUGCCGGUGGAGGAGGUCGGGGCGGGCGAGGAGGGGAAAGAGGCGGCUGCCGAGCCGCGGGAGGAGGCGGCGGCGGCGGCGGUGGAGCCGGGCCCGGCCGAGCCCAGCCCCGCGGCGGCCGAGAGCAUCCCCCGGCAGCCGCCCGCCGAGCCCCGGGAGCCCGGGCACCGAGAGGAUGCGGAGAGCAAGAUACCACCUUUGGGUGCCUCACCUGGGUCCAGCCUCGGGCACACGGGACAAGUGGAGGAUGGAUGCGGCCAUGGAGCACUUUCCAGCAAGGCAGAGGAGGAAGAUCCGGACUCGGAAAACGAGAAGCUGGUGGUGAGAGAGCCGGAGGAUGAGGAUGCUGCAGAUGAAACGUUCUCUUUUAAAUACAGUCCUGGAAAGCUGAGGGGAAACCAGUACAAGUCAAUGAUGACCAAAGAAGAACUCGAGGAAGAACAAAGGGUUCAGAGAGAGCAGCUGGCUGCCAUCUUCAGGCUCAUGAAGGAAAAAAGUGACACAUUUGGAGAGAUGUCUGAAGGAGACAUGAAGGAGCAGCUUAGACUGUAUGAUAUAUAACCUUGCAGCCAGUGGAGACUAUGCCCAAAAGUCAUCUUGGCCCUUAUUAUACAGGACACUGGAGGCUGUAGUGCUAUAAAUGUGUUUCGGUAGUUAUUUUGCAGUUCCAGUUUGCUUUGCAAAUGCAUAUAGGCCUGUGAUAUGUAUUUCAAAAGACUUUUAAUUUCUCACCCUUUUUAUCAUUUUUCCUUGAAGAGCUAUCAUGAUAUUUUCAUCUCAUACAGAGAUUUUGACCUCUUUCUGUCUGGGUCAUAUGUCUCAGUCAUACAAAGCAGUUAACCUCGCAACUUUUUUCUGGCCAUGCUUUAUAAAAAUGAACUUUCAAACCUA